CCCCCUCUCUUGGCCAGGCCUUCCCGCUCCCCACCACCACUCCCCUCCCUUCUCCUCCUCCUGGUGACGUCUGGGUCCCUGCCCGUCUGAAAACUCCGCGCCGCGGCGGUUGUGGAGGAGGAGGAGGAGAAGGAGGAGGAGGAGGAGCAGCAGCAGCAGAAAGAGGAGGCGGCGGCGGCGGCUGCCGGCGGCAGAGGCUGAAGGGAGCCUCAAGGAGGUCGGGCAGGAGGGGGAGAGGAGGAAGGACUCUGGGUUGGUGAGCUCAGUGCCCUGGAAAGGAGGGCAAGAGCCCGUGGCAGCAGAGGCGAAAGAGGCAGCAGCAGUAACCACCGCGGCGGCGGCAGCAGAAGCAACAGCAGCGGCGGCGGCAGCUCCAGCUCCAGCCCCAGCAGCCGCCGCCGCCGCCACGGUGAAGAUGGUGGCUGCGCUGUGCGCCCGGAGGCUGGCUCGGCGCUCGCAUUCGGCGCUCAUCGCCGCGCUCACCGUGCUGCUACUGCAGACUCUCAUCGUGUGGAAUUUCAGUAGCCUGGACUCGGGGGCCGGAGACCACCGAGGUGGAGAGCAGCAUGCUGGUGGAGAGCCGCCCCCAGUGCCGCGCCGGGAGCGCCGGGACCUACCCCUGGAGUCUCGGGCUGCAGUUGGAGGAGGAGGAGGAAGGGGCCCCCAGCCGCUGGGGGACAAGCUGCCGCGGGAGCGAGGAGGCGGUGGCGGAGGGGGCCACGGCGAGCACCGGCCGCAGCAUCCGCCCCACCGGGGGGGACCUGCUGCAGGCGCCGCGCAGCUGCCGGGCCAGGCUCUGGAGUCACCACCCAGUCCCUUUACCAGCCUGGAGACACAGGAUGGAUAUUUUUCUCACCGACCCAAGGAGAAAAUGAGGACAGACAGCAACAAUGAAAACUCAGUGCCAAAAGACUUUGAAAAUAUUGAUAACAGUAACUUUGCCCCAAGGACUCAGAGGCAGAAGCAUCAGCCAGACUUGGGAAAGAAGUCACUGAGUAAGCAAAAGGAACAUUUGAAGAAGAAACUGGAACAGGAGGAAAAAGUAAAGGAGAAUUCACUCCUGGGAAAAGGCUCUAAUGAAGCCCUGCAGUAUAGCAACCAAGCUGCCCAGAACAGUAGUGCCGCCAAGGCAAGUCCUAAAUCCUCCAAGCAACCCCAUGUCAGAAAGAAUGGGGUUGGCUCCCCUGAACUCAAGUAUGACCAGCCGCCAAGGUGCGACAUCUCUGGGAAAGAAGCCAUCUCAGCUCUGUCCCGGUCUAAGUCCAAGCAAUGUCGCCAGGAAAUUGCCGAGAUAUACUGCCAACACAAGGUGGGGAAGCUCAUGCCAGAGAAAGUGACCCGCUUUUGUCCCCUUGAAGGUAAAGCCAACAACAACGUGCGGUGGGAUGAGGACUCUGUGGAGUACAUGCCUGCUAACCCAGUCAGGAUCGCCUUUGUCUUGAUAGUACAUGGUCGGGCAUCUCGGCAGCUCCAGCGCAUGUUUAAGGCUAUUUACCAUAAGGACCAUUUUUAUUAUAUCCAUGUUGACAAGAGGUCCAAUUAUCUGCAUCGACAAGUGCUUCAGUUUGCUGGCCAGUACCAAAAUGUACGUGUGACUUCUUGGAGAAUGGCUACCAUCUGGGGCGGUGCCAGUCUUUUGUCCACCUACCUCCAGAGCAUGAGGGACUUGAUGGAGAUGACAGACUGGCCAUGGGACUUCUUCAUUAACCUCAGUGCUGCUGACUAUCCCAUCAGAACAAAUGACCAGUUGGUGGCAUUUCUCUCUCGAUACCGGGACAUGAACUUCUUGAAGUCACAUGGCCGAGACAAUGCAAGGUUUAUUCGGAAACAAGGACUGGACCGCCUCUUCUUAGAAUGUGACACUCACAUGUGGCGCUUGGGUGACCGGAAGAUACCUGAAGGCAUCACAGUAGAUGGAGGCUCUGAUUGGUUCCUGCUAAACCGAAAAUUUGUGGAAUAUGUGACUUUCUCCAAUGAUGACCUGGUGACAAAAAUGAAGCAGUUUUACUCUUAUACUUUGCUUCCUGCAGAGUCCUUCUUCCACACGGUCCUGGAAAACAGCCCCCAUUGUGAUACCAUGGUGGACAACAAUCUGCGCAUCACCAAUUGGAACCGGAAGCUGGGUUGCAAAUGCCAGUACAAGCACAUUGUGGACUGGUGCGGCUGUUCCCCCAAUGACUUCAAGCCAGCAGAUUUCCAUCGCUUCCAGCAAACUGCCCGACCAACGUUCUUUGCCCGUAAAUUUGAAGCUGUAGUGAAUCAAGAAAUAAUUGGCCAGCUGGACUAUUACCUUUAUGGGAACUAUCCCUCGGGUACCCCAGGCCUGCGGUCCUACUGGGAGAAUGUCUAUGAUGAACCUGAUGGCAUCCACAGCAUCAGUGAUGUGACAUUGACUAUGUACCACUCAUUUACCCGCCUGGGUCUCCGAAGAGCUGAGUCAUCCUUACAUGCCGAUGGUGAGAACAGCUGCAGGUACUAUCCAAUGGGUCAUCCAGUAUCUGUUCAUCUGUACUUCCUUGCUGAUCGUUUCCAAGGCUUCCUAAUCAAACAUCAUGCAACAAAUCUGGCUGUGAGCAAACUGGAGACCCUGGAAACAUGGGUAAUGCCAAAGAAAGUCUUUAAGAUUGCCAACCCACCCAGCGAUUUUGGGAGACUUCAGUUUUCUGAGAUUGGAACUGACUGGGAUGCCAAGGAGAGGAUAUUCCGCAACUUUGGAGGACUACUUGGGCCAAUGGAUGAACCAGUGGGGAUGCAGAAGUGGGGAAAGGGGCCCAAUGUGACAGUGACUGUCAUUUGGGUCGAUCCUGUCAAUGUCAUUGCAGCCACCUAUGACAUCUUGAUCGAGUCCAGUGCUGAGUUCACACAUUACAAACCACCUUUGAACUUGCCCCUUCGGCCUGGAGUUUGGACUGUCAAAAUUCUGCAUCACUGGGUGCCAGUUGCCGAAACCAAAUUCCUCGUUACUCCUCUGACCUUUUCUAAUAGGCAGCCUAUUAAGCCCGAUGAGUCCUUGAAGUUGCACAAUGGACCUCCUCGUAAUGCCUACAUGGAACAGAGUUUUCAGGGCCUGAACCCAGUUCUGAAUAUCCCUAUCAAUUUAGCCCAUGUGGAGCAAGCACGCAGGAAUGCAGCCAUCACUGGCCCAAAGCUGGAGAACUGGGUGGACUCGUUAGUUGGAGGAAUCUGGUCUGCAGUGGAUAUUUGUGCCAUUGGCCCUACCGCCUGCCCCGUCAUGCAAACAUGCAGCCAAACUUCCUGGAGUUCCUUGAGCCCAGACCCCAAGUCUGAGCUGGGAGCCAUCAAACCCGAUGGUCGGCUGAGGUAGCAUCUGGUUGUGCUAUAGAAUUUAAAAGAGAAUUUCACCUUGAGUAUAUGGGAUUCUGAAACCUCUUUAACCCCAGCCCUCUCCCAACCAGUAGUUCCCAGGCUGGAGAGAAACUUUUAUAUUCACAAUUUGUUUGAAGUCUAGGGUUUAAGAACCAAAAUGGGAGCCUGGCAUUGUUCUCCCUGCAAAUAAGCUCAGGAGAUUGAUAGAUUGCCCCACCCUCAUCCUAAGGCAGUCAUAUAUUUCCUUUUUCUUCUUUAAAGCUCUUCCCUUUGGCCAGACAUCUAGAUAAACCAUGGAUUUAGUCUUUUGUUUGAUCCCAAAGGACUAUGGGAAUUCUGUAGCUGAUAAGUUCACUCCUCUGUGAACCAAAAAGCCCCUUUGAGUAUUCAUCAAAUCUAUCAGCAAUCCCCCAGAAUGCUAAGUGGAAAGAAAAGCCCAAAAGUGAUUUCCCAGAUGUUGAGGGUUCUCUAUCACCCAUUUAAUAGAUGGCCUAUUUUUCAUUAUACCUCAGAUGGGCAGGAAAUGAUACUUGCUAUAUUUACUUUACAAUGAUGGCCACACUUCCUUACAUAUACACUUACAGCAUGUAGUUGAUGUAUUUCAGGGGUGAAAAUGCUAGUGGUCUUUGGCCACUUAUCAUCGCUGGCUGGUGCUAUAGGCAGAUGAAUGUGAGAGGUUGGAACAAUGACAGUAGUUACCUCAUGUUGUCUCCCAGAUAUUUAAAGGGACACUUACUUGGGUCCCUGAGAUGGACGAGACACUGGACAGAGCAGAGUUCCUUGAAUGAAAGGCAGAACAAUGCCAGACACUUGCAGGGGUUCUUCCAUUUCCAAGGCCAGUCCUUGCCAGGUGCAUGAUCGGUGCUGGUUAUGAGUGACCAAAUUGCAUGACCUAAACUUUUUGACCCAGAAUAUUUUGGGAAAUCCUUUUCCAAUCAAGUUUUUAAUGAUAUCUCUUUUCUUAUAUGCAAUGCCAACUAGAGUACCUUACAUAGACCGUAAGGAUAAGAUCAGGGUUUAGAUUUUCAGUUAUUUAGGGGCAUUUUGUUUUGGGUUUUAGUUUCUAAUUAUUUGAGUUGCUAGAAAGGUCAAGGUUUUCUUCAAUUCAACAAAUUGAAUGUCUAUGAUAAGUAAAGCAAGGAUAUACCCCAUCAAAUGGCCCUCCCAUUCAAACUGGAGAAAAAUAAGCUAUUGGGGUGAUACCUCCAUCAUCCUCUACCAUCCCAUAGGGGUGAAAUUCUCUUUUAAAAACUGCACACUUGGUUACAAAAAUGACCUAGACACGAAGCACCCAGCCCUUGUUCUGUUUCUCUCCAUAGUGUUGGUUUGAAGCUACUGAAGUUUGCUUUGGACUUGAAAUAGUGAGGUCAGCUGUGCUGAUAUUAUGUCAGAGCAUUAAAUGUUAUAUGGAGCCAGGGAUGCAAACAAGGACACAUAGAAGGAACACUUUAGAUAUUUAUUAUUUAUAUGUUUUAGUCAAUGACUAAUUAGUAGGUGCUGUUUUUUGCAGCUUGACAAUUAUGUUAUCAUACUAACUAAAGCUGCCUUUAUUCACAAAAGGCUCCCCACCCUUUCUCAGCCCCAUCCCACUCUCAAUUUGUGACUGUUGCUGACCCAGAGGUGUUAGGAACACUUAUGUUUCAACCUAUAUUGUCAGUAGGAGAUGGAGUCAUUCUCUUCCCAUAUCAAUGGCAGGCUGAUGCCCCCCAAGUUGUUCUCUUAGUCAACUCCUAGUGACAACAGUAGGGCCUCCCAGUCCAAGUCCAAAAGCCUCUGGACAGGAGCCCUCUGUACUUUGUGUAGGGGUCUUGUAGCUUCUCCACAAAGCCAGAGAGGUGCCUAGAGACUACAGCUCAUAUAUAUUCUGAACCUUUCUUUCCCUUUCAACCCUUGAGUUAUGGAUCAUUCCUGUCUCCUGUCCUAUUUGCUGAUGAAUAUCCUUCAGCAAAUCUCACUUCUGGAGCCUAGAUUUGAAGUGAGAUAACUGAGGGGAAUGGUGUUAGAAGGUUAGUUCAUCCUAUGUGUGAAGCCACCUGGACAAAAUUUAACGGAAAUACUCCUGCUCCUUGGUCACUGAAAACAAAGAGACUUUCAGAAAUCUUAGGCUCAGUUCCACAGAAGUCCCAUGUUGCUUGUAUAGCAAUAUGUAAACAAUUGUGCAGGAGGUAAAAACUUAGAAACUAAGAUACUUCUCUACACACAGUUCUCUAUGGAAGUAUGAUAGCAAGGGCUUCACUGAACAUUCUGGUUUUUAAAGCAGCAAAAAUAACAAAACCUUUUUGUAACCUCUCUUUCUCUCAAUCAGCCAGCUCAGUAUCUGUAUUUGUAGCAGUAUUAUUGGGGUGACUUCAGGCCCGAGCCCAAUUGUAUCAGUGUGGUUGAUGUCAGCCUACAGUCACCCAGAAGUUGUACCUACUACACUCAAUGACAUUUCUGACUUAAAAUCCUGGAAUGAGUGGAGAAACCCCAGAAUUAUUUCUGGGAGAGUCCAAGCUGUGAAUUUCUUCUUCUAUGCUUAACUCCCCAUCCAUCCUGCUGUAGGAAAGUAGGUUGGGAUGUGGAACACCCAUUGGGGUUUUCACAUUUUGGGACCAGAGAAUAUACCUUUGUAGAUGUUACAUUUGGUGAAAAGGAGAAUUCUAAAUGAGAGCCCAAUUGCACCAAGACUUCAUGAUAACAUUUUUCCAAAUGAAAACGUUCAGCCUGUUUCUCAGCCCUACCCAGAGACUGAUUUGAUUAUUAUUUGGAGAACACAUUGGAAAAGCCAACUGUGAUCAUGUGCUCUUGCUUUCUGUGGAAAAGUCACAUUUCUUUGGGCACAAGGUUUUGUUUGCUUUGGGGUUGUUUGCCCUGGAAUCUGCUCUGAACUUUCAGUGCAGAACAGGGUGUCUGGGGAAUGAGAGCAAAUCCUCUGUGGGGAUUGUUGUUUGUAACUGGCUGAAGUCAUGAUUUAUCAGGUCAAAGGAUAGCGUGUAGAGGUAGGGGUUGGGAGCAAAGAAUCUAAGCUUGUCUCCAUACCCACAUAUUGGUAGAUGGCCCCUUGGAUAAAUUCUUAGUCUUGUUUAGGCACAGAAGGAAAUCCCCAAGCAAGUUGUGCCUUCCACCCCUUGCUACCUAUUUUUGGACCUUUAAUCCAGAAUUCAUCCCAGAGCUCUGCAAGCAUGUGGACAGAGCAGCCCCAGUCACUUCAAGGAGAAGGGAAAUAUGUUCAAGGACUCAGUAUGGUUUUUCAAAUUAUAAUGGGUCCUCUUCCAGGAAAGCAUAGCCCUAAUUAGCCAGAAAUAGUUUUUAUUUUUUUUAUUUCAGACAGUUGAUUCAGGCUUGAGUGUGAACUAUGGAAUGUUAGGGCCAACAUGCAAGAUGCAGGACACAAGGAAAGGAAGUAUAUAAAGGCAGCUCCUGAGAGGAAGAGGCUCCACCCAAGUCCUACAUUUGCACAUACUUGUGAAUUGUGAGCUAGUACCCUUGGAUACUGGUUUUAUGAUGCAAACGAGGCUUGAGGUUGUAUGGAGGUCUUUGUGAAUCAGCCUGGGAGUGCCUGGCCAAGAGCACCUACCAGUGGAACAGAAAAAUAGUAUUUAGGGAUGCCCACCCUCCCUCCCAGUCUGUUCCCACGAAGGUCAAAACAAGUUGAAAUCAAAUUAGAUCUUGAUACUCUCUGCUUUAAGAACAUUAAAAAAGCAUUUCAUUCCCUUUGAAGAUAUAACCAUAUUUCACUUUUAGGUUUUUGUUUUUAGUCUAAACCUGAGAUUUUAUUUGAUAUAGGAAAGUGAAAAGUGGGUAAACUCUCUUUAUCAAAGCAGAUCAGCAACUCUUCUGUAACUUAUAGUCUUAAGGUAUUAAAGUAUACCAAAAGGUAUUACUUACCCAGGAUCAUUUUUCCAGUAUAUGUCAAAGCAGGUCCUCAUGACUCCAAGGCCAGCUUUCUGUCCAUUAUGGAACACUGUCAUCCCCAAAUUCUAAGUGUAUUUUUCCCUAGCUUUUUGAAUAUGGGAAAGGGAUGGAUAUGGUCCUAUAACAUCCACUUGAAGUUAAUCACCAUUUAUUCCUGGUUAUCAUCUAUAGCUAUGGUGAGAUGGAUGAAGGGCAGCAUCCCAUUGGAGCUGUCCCCCAAAGAGUCAUCAGUAUUGUCUAGUGUUGAUCGCUCAUAUUCUUUGGGGUACCGGUAAAUCAGUCAUGUGUCCACAUUCACAGAAAUUUGCUGCUAAACAGAAAAACUCCCAUCUUACAACAUUAAAAAAAAAAUUUUAAUUCCUCCCUCCCCAAUUCAUAGGCGAUUUAAAUGACAGUAUGUAAAGAGAAAGUGAUAGUGAGAAGUAUCAUAAAUAUCUUUUAACCACAAAGAAAGGAAAUAUUAGGAAAGAAGUAAAUAAUUCUUUUAUCCUUCCUAAGACUUAGGAAACUUGUUGCACACAUGUGCACUCAUACACACAUACAUAUAUGUGUAUAUGUAUUUCCAUUGUAUACAUGUGUAUAUAUAUAUAUAUGAAUGUGUAUAUAUACUACUCAUCUUAAAUCCGCCAUUGUGUUUACUCCAAUUGAAAGUUUCUGCUAAAUAGAGAAAGGAGGAGGGGUAAAGAUAAUUAGAUCUAUUCCAACUGCCAGUGCUAUUACUUGUUAUACUUCAUCGCCCUGGUAGGAAAAGAUUCAAGAUAUACUCCUCCCCUGAAUGAUUUGCUCCAACCCAUAAAUUUGGAGAUAAAGAGUUAGCCCACGAUGAGUGCUGACUGAGAGGUAAUAGCAUGGUAGAUAAAAAAGGGCCUUCCUUGGAAUCAAGAAGACCCAGUGGGUUCAAAUCCUGUCCCUGAUUUGCCACUAAGAGCUCAAUAUUUCUAUCCCUGUAAGACUGUGAGUUGAUGGUCUGUACUAAUAAAGAGAUUUUCCAUGGCAUGGUUUUUAAUAUGGAUGCAAUCACAUAGAUUUCAAUAUGGAUGAAAUCACAUAGAUUUCUUUAGGCCCUUGUCCUCCUAUCUCCACCCUCCUAUACACACAUAUACCAACCACACACUAAAGUCCCUGGUUAUCUUUUUCGGAAAAUGGAAGCAAUCCCUAUUAUGAAGGACAGCUGUGAUUCUCCAUUUCCAAUCCUCAUCUCUCAUCCAUUUUUAUUAUCCUAUUAUGAGACAGAAAGUUCAUAGGAUUUGAACAUCAUCAGCCAUCAGGUUAUUUGCUCCUAUGUUACCUAGAAACCUUCAGCCCACUUGGCUGAGGAUUCAUGUCUUAAACAACUUUAAAAUGAUAGGAAAACAUCAAAAAUUUCCAGGACAGGAGAGAUAGGUAUUAGACAAACUUGUAAAAUUCCCCCAACCCCGACAGCAGAGACCCUUAUAAUAGGUUUUAUCUAGCGUACACAUUCCAAUCUGUGGUGUUCACCCAGUGGCAAUGUUAAUUCAGGUCCUUUUUUCACUUCUCCUUGGCUUGCUACUGUCCAAAAACAACUACGACAGUAGAAACUGGGGCUGUCCUCUUGUUCACAUACAGCUGGCUAGUCUAGCUCAAUCAUCUAUUUUUUUGGUUUUUUGGUUUUUUUGCUUCUGCCUCAGUUACCUGAUUUUGCCCAUGAGUUCUACCACAGGUGCUACCUCACAGUGUCUGCUAAGAAGUUUACCUGGGGAAGGGGGGAGAAAAAAAGUAUCUGAAAUCUCCUUGAGCUGAAUGUACAAUCUAUGCAAAUUCUCUCUGUUUCUCACUGUCAAACACUUAGAAGUAUUACAUAUAACCUUGCCAAACUAACAGCAAGAUCCUGUACAGGUUUCUCUGAUGACAGAGUACCAAUUUUCAGCGCGGUUAAAUGCGCCCCCGUUUGUAUAUUGUUAACGAGUUGUCUUUGGUUCUGUUGUCGCUAAGCCCCUUGAGGGAGACUGGGCCUCUGUCUGCCACGAAUCCCUUCCUCUUGGCUGGGAAUAUUUGGAUUGCUAAUGUCUCCCCCAUUCCAAGGAGGUCUGAAGACCCUCCUCUCCUUCCAAAAGGAAGGCCCAUGGCCUCACUGACUCUAGUCCCCUCCCCACUCCUUCAGAGCAUGUCAUCUUUCAUCUCACAACACAACAAAGCCUUAGGUUCCUCCUUUUUGAAAUGUGGCCUUAAAAUCAUGUUGGAAAUGUGGAUGUUGUCUCACUCCGGAUCUCCACCAACAUCACAGAAAGCACCUUGAGAUUGCUGCUAUCCCUCCUACUGGAGGACCCGUCAAUUUACAGUUUCACAGAUACAAUGGAAAUUGCUUACAAAUUCAGUCUUUAAGAAAAAUGACCUUAUAUUGUUCCUGCGGGCAAAAUAAAGGUUUGGAUGCUCUUAUAAACCAUAUCCAACUCUGGAAGUACUCUCUUACAGCAUGUUGUAGCUGUAAUGGGUUGACUUAAUUACCUACAAAGUGCUAACAUUGAGCUUUUCCUUUUUACCCUUUAAAGACACGGUAACUUUAUGAUCUUCACUCAAGGGUAAAUCAGCAGUACCUCUGUUGUUUAUCCUUUUGCCCUUGUUGAGUAUCAUUGGCUUGAGAAAGAUUGCACUAAAUAUUCCCAGCUGAUCUUAGAGGUGCCACCCUCUCAAUCCCUCUAGCCUCCAACUGCUUUUGUUUUGAUUCCUCACCAUCUGAUCCAGCCCAAAGACAACAGAAAAUAAGGUUUUCAUAGUAAAUUCAUUGGCUUUGAAUGGAUUAGUCUUUCUAGUUCUUCCUGUCUUUUUUUGUUGUUGUUGUUAUUGUUGGUUCGUUGGGGUGUUUGUUAAUGGCCUCAUCGUAAGUUAUUACUGUUCCCUCAUUUUUCAGAGACAGGUGGUGAUAUAGUUUUAAAAAAUAACUAUUUUGUUAUAGAUCAUAAUAUGCAUAAAACUGUACAGAAAUAUUUUGUAAUCUAUUGAUUUUAAAAAAGAGAGAACAUGUAAAUACAGUAAAGUUAAAUAAAAAAAAAAGAAUUCCAAUGGCACACACUGAAAGAUGUAGAUAUUUUGUUAUUUAUUUAAAAGAUUAUUUUAUGAGCUAUUGAAUUAUCUGAAAUUGACCAGUAAUCCAAGUUUCAAAAAGUCCAAAUGCUUUUUUCAUGUUGUAGAAUGUGAUCUCCAGCAAUCAUUGCACUACCCAUUUUUGCACCCUUCUAUCUUUAAUUUAGCAGAACAACAACAAAAAAAAAAUUGUGCCUUAGCUGUAUUUUCUGUCUAGGGGAGUUUGUUUUUUGUCUGACAACGCGAGAUUUUUUGCAGAAAACAGUGGAUGUAUUAAAUACUGUAUCAUACCAAAAACACCAUGGGUGUAUAUAAAUGCUUUCUGUCAUACUGUGUUUUCAGAUGCAGAAUUUUAAAAUUAAAAAAAAAAAAAAGAAAGAAAGCUGUCUUCA